UUUUGUUCAGUCUGGACUUUUUCCCUCCUGGAGCUCCACGAUGAAGAUCACGCUGCUGAGCGUCACCCUGACCAUGGUGCUCCUGAUGGACGUCCACGCUGACGUCAAACCGCAGAGGAACUUCGACGUGAAGAGGUUCGCAGGUCGGUGGUACCGCGUGGGUCUAGCGUACAACUCGGCCGCCUUUGCUCAGCACAGGAACAAGCUGGCGGUGUGUAUGGGCGUGGUGGAACCCAAAAGUAACGGAGACGUCGUGAUGACCGUGUGGAGAACCAAGUCCUCCUUCCUGUGCCAGAAAGAAGUCUACAAGUAUGAGAAGACGUCUGUACCUGGCGUGUUCACGUACUUCAGCACACGACACGGACGUAUGAAGGACGUCACCGUGGUGGAGACAAACUACAGCGAGUUCGCACUCAUCCACAAACACAGGAAAUUCCACAGGGAGUUCACUCAGGUGUCUCUGUACAGUCGGACUCAGAAGUUGAGACCAGAAGUGAUUGAGAAGUUUAAAAGGUACGCCCUGCAGCACGGCUUCCCUGAGGAGUCCAUUAUAAUUCCACCACUAACAGAUAACUGUCCCCAUGCACGCCACUGACAUGGUGUUGGAUUACGGAAGAGCGCGAGUGUGAGCACGAGUGUGAGCGUGAUGAGCCUCGGACCAGAUGUUCUCUGUAGAGCCCGGCUCCUGAGCCUGAUCCCUCCAUCGGGAGAACCUCCCUCUGGAUCUCCUGUAAUCAGCCUUCAUGUUAAUCCUUUAUAAAGAUGAGUUACUUGUGCUGAUGUGGAAUUUUGGUCUCAGUCCUUUCAGUAUUUAGUACAAAGUGAAUGUGAACAUUUCUAUAAAAAUGAGGCAUCAAUUCAUUUACUAGACACCUUUAAAGCAAAAAAUUAUAAAUUCUAGUCAAAUUAUUCACUAUUUGCCUGAAUAUUAAAAGAAAAUCCUGCCGUGUGA